CAGGCCCCCUACCUCCUUGCCCCACAGGCUCCUGGUUGGUGCUCCCCGUGACCUCGCCAUGUCUGAUGGCUAUACCAACCGGACCGGUGCUGUGUACCUGUGCCCACUCAGUGCCCAAAAGGACGACUGUGAGAGGAUGGACAUCACAGAAAAAAGUGACCCUGACCAUCACAGAAUUGAGGACAUGUGGCUUGGGGUGACCGUGGCCAGCCAGGGCCCUGCAGGCAGAGUCCUGGUCUGUGCCCACCGCUACACCCAGGUGCUGUGGUCGGGGUCGGAGGAGCAGUGGCGCAUGGUGGGCAAGUGCUACGUGCGGGGCAACAACCUAAAGCUGGACCACACUGACGACUGGCAAACCUACCACAACGAGAUGUGCAACAGCAACACCGACUACCUGGACACGGGCAUGUGCCAGCUGGGCACCAGUGGUGGCUUCACCAAGAACACCGUGUACUUCGGCGCUCCCGGCGCCUACAACUGGAAAGGAAACAGCUACAUGAUUCAGCGGAAGGAGUGGGAUUUAUCCGAAUACAGUUACAAGGACCAGGAGGACCAAGGAAACCUCUAUAUUGGGUACACGGUGCAGGUGGGCAGUGCCAUCCUGCACCCUACAGACAUCACCAUUGUGACGGGUGCCCCGCGGCACCGACAUAUGGGUGCUGUCUUCUUGCUGAGCCAGGAGGUAGGCGGAGACCUGCGGAGGAGGCAGGUGCUGGAGGGCACACAGGUGGGCUCCUAUUUUGGCAGCGCCAUUGCCCUGGCAGACCUGAACAAUGAUGGGUGGCAGGACCUCCUGGUGGGUGCCCCCUACUACUUUGAGCAGAAGGAAGAGGUAGGGGGUGCCGUCUAUGUCUUCAUGAACCAGGCAGGCACCUCCUUCCCGACCCGCCCCUCCCUCCUCCUUCACGGCCCCAGUGGCUCCGCCUUUGGCUUCGCUGUGGCCAGCAUUGAUGACAUCAACAAGGAUGGAUUCCAAGACAUUGCUGUGGGAGCUCCGUUUGAGGGCUUGGGCACGGUAUACAUCUACCACAGCAGCUCCAGGGGGCUCCUGCAACAGCCCCAGCAGGUCAUCCGCGGAGAGCAGCUGGGACUCCCUGGCCUGGCUUCCUUCGGCUACUCCCUGAGCGGGAAGAUGGACGUGGAUGAGAACUUCUACCCAGACCUGCUCGUGGGGAGCCUGUCGGACCGCGUCGUGCUGCUGCGGGCCAGGCCCGUCAUCAACAUUCUCCACAGGACCUUGGUGGCCAGGCCGUCCGUGCUGGACCCCGCGCUCUGCACAGCCACCUCCUGCGUGCAGGUGGAGCUGUGCUUUGCUUACAACCAGAGUGCCGGGAACCCCAACUACAGGAGAAACAUCACCCUGGCCUACACGUUGGAGGCAGACCGGGACCGCCGCCCACCCCGGCUUCGCUUUGCGCAGAGCCAGUCGGCUGUCCUUCAUGGCUUCUUCUCCAUGCCCGAGCGGCGCUGCCAGAACCUAGAGCUGCUCCUGAUGGACAACAUCCGCGACAAACUCCGCCCCAUCGUCAUCUCCAUGAACUACUCGUUACCUUUGCGUUUGCCCGACCACCCCCGGCUGGGCUUGCGGUCCCUGGACGCCUACCCGGUCCUCAACCAGGCACAGGCUCUGGAGAACCACACUGAGGUCCACUUCCAGAAGGAGUGCGGGCAGGACAACAAGUGCGACAGCAACCUGCAGAUGCAGGCGGCCUUCGUGUCGGAGCAGGGGCAGCGGCUGAACAGGCUCCAGUACAGCAAAGACCUCCGGAAACUGUUCCUGAGCAUCAAUGUGACCAACACCCCAAGCAGGGAGCGGGCUGGGGAAGACGCCCACGAGGCGCUGCUCACCCUGGCGGUGCCCCCCGCCCUGCUGCUGUCCUCAGUGCGCCCUUCUGGAACCUGCCAGGCCAACGAGACCAUCCUCUGUGAGCUGGGGAACCCCUUCAAACGGAACCAGAGGAUGGAGCUGCUCAUCGCCUUCGAGAUCAUUGGGGUGACCCUGCACACAAGGGAAUUCCAGGCGCAGCUGCAGCUCUCCACGUCAAGUCACCAGGACAACCUGUUGCCCAUGACCCUGACUCUGCUGGUGGACUACACGCUCCAGGCCUCGCUUAGCAUGGUGAGUCAACGGCUACAAAGCUACUUUUCGGGAAUGGUGAUGGGCGAGUCUGGCAUGAAAACUGUGGAGGACGUGGGAAGCCCUCUCAAGUAUGAGUUCCAGGUGGGCCCAGUGGGAGAAGGGCUGGCAGUCCUGGGGACUCUGGUCCUAGGGCUGGAGUGGCCCUAUGAAGUUGCCAAUGGCAAGUGGCUGCUCUACCCCACGGAGAUCACCAUCCGAGGCAACGGGUCCUGGACCUGCCAACCACCAGGAGACCUUGUCAACCCUCUCAACCUCACUCUCUCAGUCCCUGAGGACAGACCCCCAUCACCACAGCGCAGGCGGCGACAGCUGGACCCGGGGGGAGUCCAGGGCCCCCCACCUGUUCCUCUGGCUGCUGCCAAAAAAGCCAAGUCUGAGACCGUAUUGAGCUGUGGCAGUGUCCACACCCGCUGUGUGUGGCUGGAGUGCCCCAUUCCUGAUGCCCCUGUCCUCACCAACGUGACAGUGCGGGCUCGAGUGUGGAACAGCACCUUCAUUGAGGAUUACAGAGACUUUGACCGAGUCAGGGUAACCAGCUGGGCUACCCUGUUCCUCCGAACCAGCGUCCCCACCAUCAACAUGGAGAACAAGACUGUGCGGUUCUCCGUGGACAUUGACUCCGAGCUGGUGGAGGAGAUACCAACCGACAUCGAGCUGUGGCUGGUGCUUGUGGCCGUGGGGGCCGGGCUGCUGCUGCUGGGGCUCAUCAUCCUCCUGCUGUGGAAGUGUGACUUCUUUAAGCGGACCCGCUAUUACCAGAUCAUGCCCAAGUACCACGCCGUGCGGAUCCGGGAGGAGGAACGCUACCCACCUCCAGGGGGCACCCUGCCCACCAAGAAGCACUGGGUGACCAGCUGGCAGACGUGGGAUUGAUACUACUGACGCCCUCCCUGAUCCCGCCCCUGCGCCCCUGGUGUCCCCUUCUUCCUUUGUCAUAUGUUAAGUUAUGCCCCGAUAGUCUGCAGGGGCCACGGCCUUUGGCUGGCACCAGUGGGUUCGGGCACACACACCUCCUUGAGCGCGCAUGCACAUGCCAUCUGACCACGGGCUUCUCCACGCAGGAGGGCUGGGGCCGUGGACUUUGCUACGCCGAGCACACUGCAGCCCUGUGCCCUGGACACACGUGGGUCCCACUGCUUGUGGACUGUGCUUGUGCACCACAGAGGGUGCGUGGACAUGCGUGUGCCGGCCUUUGCCGCUGCCAAAACCAAGCCCGAGGGCCUCUGCCAGAGCCGGGAAGGAAAGGCCCCGAAGUGGUGACCCCUCCCCUACAUACACUGGACCCAUCUUGAGCCAUAGUCACUGGGUGGACUCCGCUCUUGAGACGAAAACUACUGACAGGGAACGGCCCGCAGCCUCCAAGCUGUAGUUCCUGACACCGUGAGAGAACGCGGGUGGGGUGGAUCUGCCCGAGGCUGUCCAAGGGGGCGUUUGCAGGACUGGGCAUGCUCAGACGAGAGCAGAAUGAGCUAGAAAGAAGGUCACAGGAUGGCUUUCUUUCGUGGACCGCUGCGAAGCCUCUGUCCUCAGCCGCGGCGUGCUCUAGUGGGGAGCGCAGCCUGAAGGAGCAAGGAUGGACAAGCUGCUAGGCAGCCUGGACACGCUGCGCUGGGACCGCCCUGGGAGCACAGAGGAUCCUCCACCGAGGAGCGGACUGGCUGGUCCCGGGCCAAGGAGAUGCUGGAAGGAUACAGAGGAAAUGCCACUCCUCACCCACCGCUACUGUCCUGGCGUCUGCAGGGCCUGGAGAGACCCCCACGAGAUCGCAGAGGGAGCGACACUUGAAUGUAGGACAGGGAGGGAGCCCUGUCCCUGACCCAUCGGCCACACCUCACUCCGUCCCCACCCGCCAUGGGCUGAGGGCCUCGAAGUGGAGUUCUUGGCUGGCCUGGGCUUUCAUCGUCAACCAGCUCUGCCUUCCUCCCUAUGGGCUGAGUCCUGAGGCCCAUUCGGGAAGUUGAGGCUGGUUCCGGAAACCCCCUCCUGCCCCCUGCCUGUCAGCAGGCCCCCCGCCCCUUCCACGGUACUGUAGCCGGGGAGCUCCCUCCCCCUCCUUGUGCCUUCUUUGUACAUAGGCUUCUCACACCAAUAAACAGCUCCCUGUUUGUACACACUG